GUUGUUCUGUCUUCCACUCCCUCCCUCGCUCGAAAACGCUUGGGCAUCGCCGUUGCUCUUGUUCUCCUCGAUCUACUACUUCCUUACUACUACUUGGUGGGCUGCCCCCCUCUUUUUUUUCUUCUUUCGCUGUCAAUUCCUCUCCAAUCUCCCCAUUUGUUUACCUCGUCUUCGUUUUCACCUUUCCUUCUCUAACCAACCAUCUCCCCACCCCUUGGGACGCCCGUCGACUGAUAGAUAUACCAUCCUUCGUUUGCUCUCAAUCCCUCUCUCGUUAUCAUCUUCAAGCGUCCUUCUUCAAAAUGGCAGCCGCAGCCAAUUCGUCUUCCACCAAUCCCGCGACGGUCUUCCCUCGCAGCCACGUCGGUUUCGACAGCAUCACCUCCCAGAUCGAGCGCAAGCUGUUGAAACGUGGAUUCCAAUUCAAUGUCAUGUGCGUUGGCCAGACGGGUCUGGGCAAGUCCACUUUGAUCAACACUAUCUUUGCUUCGCACCUUAUCGACUCCAAGGGUCGCAUGACCCCCAACGAACCUGUCCGCUCGACCACCGAAAUCCAGACCGUUUCGCAUAUCAUUGAGGAGAACGGCGUGCGUCUGCGUCUCAACAUCGUUGACACUCCUGGAUACGGUGACCAGGUCAACAACGACAGAUGCUGGGAUCCCAUCGUGAAAUACAUCAAGGAUCAGCACUCCGCAUACCUCCGCAAGGAGCUUACCGCUCAGCGUGACCGGUACAUCCAGGAUACCCGUAUUCAUUGCUGUCUGUUCUUCAUCCAGCCGUCCGGCCAUGCUCUCAAGCCCAUUGAUAUCGUUGUGCUCAAGAAGCUAUCGGACGUUGUCAACGUUGUUCCCGUCAUCGCCAAGGCCGACUCCCUUACCCUCGAAGAGCGUCAGGCAUUCAAGGAGAGAAUCAAGGAAGAGUUUGCUUUCCACAACUUGAAGAUGUACCCCUACGACAAUGACGAACUUGAUGAUGAAGAGCGUGCCGUCAACGUUCAGAUCAAGGACAUUAUUCCUUUUGCUGUUGUGGGUAGCGAACGCACCAUCGUUGUCAAUGGCCAGCAGGUUCGCGGACGUCAAAACCGCUGGGGUGUCAUCAAUGUGGAGGAUGAGAACCACUGUGAAUUCGUCUACCUGAGGAACUUCCUCACUCGCACUCAUCUGCAGGACCUUAUCGAGACGACCAGCCAGAUCCACUAUGAGACCUUCCGUGCCAAGCAGCUGCUAGCACUGAAGGAAAGCAGUGCCGCUGGGAGCCACCCCGGUAGCAGCCGUCCCAUCAGUCCUUCGGCGGACAGAGAGCUCAGCCGCAACUCGCAACGCAUGACUAUGAACGGUUAUUAAUUUGGCUGAGAACCAGUUGAUGGCGGUAGUCUCGUGGAGCGACCGUUUGAAACGAUCCAUUGCCAUGUAUCCGCGAUUCAUCAAAGGCCCAGAAAUGCAGUCUUGAGGGUCGCUUUUCUUUCCAUGUUUUGAUUUUACUGCACCACCUUCUUAUCGGCAUGUUCUUACAGAUAUCCUCUUUAACUUCAGGCUUUUCCUUAUCGUAUUAGUGCUUAUCCUAUCCUCUCCACCAUUGAAUGAGGGGUAUUCGUCUUGCUUUGUUUCAUAUGAAUUGGUUAUUCCAGGUCGAAAAGAGCUAGCAACGAAAGCGCUAAGCGUCGUCUCGUCAUUUCCUGUACUUAAUUCCCUUAAUUGCGCAUCGCCAGGAGAAUAUAGCUGGUUCGAAACAAUGAGUCAU